AUGAGAGCCGAGUGGUUCCUCUCUCUGAAAUCAGUGUGUGAUGUGGUCGACUUUCAUCAGUCGCACAGCUCAGAGCCGGGAGGAGGAGCUCUGUUCAUCAGUCACACAGCUCAGAGCCGGGAGGAGGAGCUCUGUUCAUCAGUCACACACCUCAGAGCCGGGAGGAGGAGCUCUGUUCAUCAGUCACAUACCUCAGAGCCAGGAGGAGGAGCUCUGUUCAUCAGUCACACUCCUCAGAGCCGGGAGGAGGAGCUCUGCAGUGUGAGGUUGGUGAAUGGUGGAAGUCGCUGUGCUGGGAGAGUGGAGGUUCUUCAUGAUGGUCAGUGGGGAACAGUGUGUGGUGAUGACUGGGAUCUGGACGAUGCUGCAGUGGUGUGUAGAGAGCUGCGCUGCGGAGAGCCUGUAAAUGCACCACAAUACGGUCACUUUGGCCCGGGAUCAGGACCAAUCUGGAUGAGUGAUGUGGUGUGUGGUGGAUCAGAGUCGACACUGAAGAACUGUAGAUCACGAGGGUGGGGUGUAAAAGACUGUGGUCAUCAUGAAGAUGCUGGAGUCACCUGCUCAGACAGUGUGAGGUUGGUGAAUGGUGGAAGUCGCUGUGCUGGGAGAGUGGAGGUUCUUCAGGAGGGUCAGUGGGGAACAGUGUGUGGUCGUGGCUGGGAUCUGGAUGAUGCUGCAGUGGUGUGUGGAGAGCUGCGCUGUGGGGAGCCUGGAAGUGUGUGGGAUGAGGCUCACUUUGGAGCGGGAUCAGGACCAAUCUGGAUGAGUGAUCUGGUGUGUAAUGGAUCAGAGUCGACACUGAAGAACUGUAGAUCACAAGGGUGGGGUGUAAAUGACUGUGGUCAUCAUGAAGAUGCUGGAGUCACCUGCUCAGGCAGUGUGAGGUUGGUGAAUGGUGGAAGUCACUGUGUUGGGAGAGUGGAGGUUCUCCAUAAUGGUCAGUGGGGAAAAGUGUGUAGUGAUGGCUGGGAUCUGAAUGAUGCUGCAGUAGUGUGUAGAGAGCUGAGCUGUGGGGACGCUGUAGCUGUGUGGUCUGAGGGUCACUUUGGAGAAGGAUCAGGACCAAUCUGGAUGGAUGAAGUGGUGUGUAAUGGAUCAGAGUCGACACUGAAGAACUGUAGAUCAGGAAGGUGGGGUGUAAAUUACUGUGAUCAUAGUGAAGAUGCUGGAGUCACCUGCUCAGACGGUGUGAGGUUGGUGAAUGGUGGAAGUCGCUGUGCUGGGAGAGUGGAGGUUCUUCAGGAUGGUCAGUGGGGAACAGUGUGUGGUGUUGGCUGGGAUCUGGACGAUGCUGCAGUGAUGUGUAGAGAGCUGCGCUGUGGGGAGCCUGUAAAUGCACCAACUGCUGCUCACUUUGGAGCGGGAUCAGGACCAAUCUGGAUGAGUGAUGUGGUGUGUAAUGGAUCAGAGUCGACACUGAAGAACUGUAGAUCACGAGAAAGGGGGGAACAUAACUGUAGUCAUGGUGAAGACGCUGGAGUCACGUGCUCAGAUGGUGUGAGGUUGGUGAAUGGUGGAAGUCGCUGUGCUGGGAGAGUGGAGGUUCUUCAUAAUGGUUCCUGGUCCACAGUGUGUGAUGCUGACUUUGACCAGCAGGAUGCAGAGGUUGUGUGCAGAGAGCUGGGCUGUGGGAUUCCUGUGGAGGUGCUGGGAUCAGCUGCUUUUGGCCGAGGGGAGGGUCAGGUGUGGACAGAGGAGCUUCAGUGUAGAGGAACCGAAUCUGAGAUGACCUUCUGUCCAACAUCAUCUUCACUCAAAAACUCAACCUGCUCCCAUGACAACGAUGUGGGAUUAAAAUGUUCUGCUCACACAGGGGCACGGCUGGUGAACAGAUCGGACUCCUGUUCCGGUCGAGUGGAGCUCCAGUACCUCAGUGAGUGGGGCACAGUUUGUGCUGUAAGCUGGGAUAUGAGAGCUGCAGAUGUUCUCUGUGCACAGCUGGAUUGUGGGAGUGCUGUGGCUGUGGUGGAGGUCGACUGGUUUGGGGAGGGGCGUGACCCCAUCUGGGCUGAUGUGUUUGAUUGUCAGGGGAAUGAGACACACCUCUCACAAUGUGGCGUCUCAUCAUGGAGUCGAGCUGCAUGCUCUCAUCAACACGAUGCUGGAGUCAUCUGUAAUGGAUCAUCUGUGGCGUUUCAUGAGGGGCGAGUGCGGUUGUCUGGAGGGAGCGAGUGUCAGGGGGAGGUGGAUAUUUAUUUCAGGCAGGACUGGAGGAGAGUUCUCCUGGACUCGUGGAGUCUGUCUGAGGCGUCUGUGCUCUGCAGACAGCUGGGCUGUGGCUCCGUGCUGAACUACCGCUCCUCUCCAUCCACCACUGAACACAAACACAUGUGUGUAACGGGUUUCCGCUGCUCUGGGACUGAAGCUCAUCUGGGGAACUGCAGCAGAGCACAAAAUGUCAGCUGCAGCUCCGGGGAACAGCUGCACAUCACCUGCUCAGGUAUCUUUGGCCCCGCCCACAGCUCCAUCAGGCUGGUUGGUUCUGGUGGAGACUGUGCAGGAAGGCUGGAGGUUUUCCACAGCGGCUCGUGGGGGACAGUGUGUGAUGACUCGUGGGAUAUUGAGGAUGCGCAGGUGGUGUGCAGACAGCUGCAGUGUGGAGAGGCCCUCAGUACCUACAUACCAGCCUGGUUUGGUCCUGGAACUGGGUCCAUAUGGCUGAAUGAGGUGGAGUGUGAGGGGAACGAGACGUCCCUGUGGAACUGCAGAUUUCAGCGGUGUGAAGAGGGUGAAUGUGGACACCAGGAGGACGUAGGAGUCGUGUGCUCAGAGUUUAAAGAGAUCCGACUCACGGAGGGCUGUGAGGGGAAUCUGGAAGUGUUCUACAAUGGAACCUGGGGUAAUGUGUGUCACAAUCAGAUGGAUGAUGAGACAGUAAACAUGGUGUGUCGAGAGCUGAACUGUGGAAGACGUGGCAGUCUGUCAAACACUGCAGCGAGAGUAAAAUCUGCUCCGAACUGGCUGGAUUAUCUGAAGUGUAGGAAACACGACUCUAAUCUGUGGCAGUGUCCAUCUUCACCCUGGGGACAGAACCGCUGUGAUAAUGAUAAUGAGGUGGUUCAUAUUGCCUGUACAGAUGAUGGAAAGUCUCUCCAUCCACGAGAAAAGUGCUCUUCAUUUCCCUCUCAGAAACAUUGCUCAAAGCGCUGGUCUCUCAGGCUGAGGGGAGAUAAGGGAAGCUGCUUUGGGAGGUUGGAGGUGUAUCAUAACGCUACGUGGGGCUCCGUUUGUGAUGAUCAGUGGAACAUCAGCGACGCUCAGGUGGUGUGCAGACAGCUGGGCUGUGGGUCGGCGCUGAGAGCUGAGAGGAAUGUUCCUGGUUCUGGUGAAGGGACGAUCUGGCUGAACAGAGUGAAGUGUCGAGGGGAUGAGAUUCACCUGUGGGACUGUCAUCAUUCCCUGAAGAAACACACUGACUGCUCUCAUGCUGGAGUCACCUGUGCAGACAUAUCCACUGUGUCCACGGCGAUACCCACCACCACCACCACAUCAGGUCUGUAUAUUUGUUCCAGUACAAUAAUUGCUAGUGUUCAAGCCACUCAAACUCCUCCAUCAGCUGGAGCUCCAUCCAGCCCUCCACUGGUUCUCUUUGUGUUGGGAACGCUGCUCUUCCUGGCCUUAGUGCUUCUGCUGCUCCUGUUUUACCAGAACAGAGCGCUCAGGAGAGAUGUCUCUAAGACGAGGCGUAAGACUCAGCCUGAGGCAGUCUAUGAGGAGAUCAACCACAGAUCCAUCACUAGAAGAAGCAGGAGCUCCACUCAAAGAGGAAGUCUCCUCUCUGAAGAACAGCAUUCUGGGUAUGAGCAUGUGGAUGAUGAGCUUCUCUCAGUCAAGUCUGGGAUUGGAGAAAAGGCGGAGUAUUAUGAUGAUGUCAUCGACACCAGUGACUUCAUAAGUGAUACAGGAAGAGUCGAGCCACCAGAGGACUACGAUGAUGCCGUCACUGCUGGACCGAUCCCUGAUAACGUGGAGGAGGAUGAAGCGGAGAAUUAUGAUGACGCCAUUCCAGCUGAUCAGAAGUCAGUUAUACUGACAGAGGACGUGUCCGAGAACUACGAUGAUGCGGUUACCACGGAAACAAACCCAAACGUCAUCACAGGAGACGGUCCAGAAGAUUAUGAUGAUGUCAUCACUGAGGAACAGGAUGGAGGAGAGACAGAAAUUCAAUAUCACCCUUUUUCCCACUCUGAGCCAGGUUUCAGAGAUGGCUAUCGCACUAAAGGCUGUAGUGAACUGACCCAGAAUCUGACUCCCCUUCAUGUGCACAUGCAGAUGGACCUGAUUUCUGCUGUUUCUCUUCUCUUGUCACACAGCUCAGAGCCAGGAGGAGUUCUGUUCAUCAGUCACACCCCUCAGAGCCGGGAGGAGGAGCUCUGUUCAUCAGUCACACAGCUCAGAGCCGGGAGGAGGAGCUCUGUUCAUCAGUCACACACUUCAGAGCCGGGAGGAGGAGCUCUGUUCAUCAGUCACACACCUCAGAGCCGGGAGGAGGAGCUCUGUUCAUCAGUCACACACCUCAGAGUCGGGAGGAGGAGCUCUGUUCAUCAGUCACACACCUCAGAGCUGGGAGGAGGAGCUCUGUUCAUCAGUCACACACCUCAGAGUCGGGAGGAGGAGCUCUGUUCAUCAGUCACAGACCUCAGAGCCGGGAGGAGGAGCUCUGUUCAUCAGUCACACACCUCAGAGCUGGGAGAAGGAGCUCUGUUCAUCAGUCACACAGCUCAGAGCCGGGAGGAGGAGCUCUGUUCAUCAGUCACACACCUCAGAGCCGGGAGGAGGAGCUCUGUUCAUCAGUCACACACCUCAGAGCUGGGAGGAGGAGCUCUGUUCAUCAGCGCUGAUGGAUAUCAUCUCUACGGGGAUUACUGCUAUCACUUCAACAGUGAAUCAGAUAAAACGUGGCAGGAUGCUGAAAACUAUUGCAGCUCCCAGAACGGACACCUGGCCAGCGUCCACAACCAGGAGACAGUCAGAUUCAUAACAGGUCAAAGUGUUGGUCCUCCACCAGUUCCACCCUCCGCCGUACCAGGCAGUGUGAGGCUGGUGAAUGGUGGAAGUCGCUGUGCUGGGAGAGUGGAGGUUCUUCAUGAUGGUCAGUGGGGAACAGUGUGUGAUGAUGACUGGGAUAUGAGAGAUGCUGCAGUGGUGUGUAGAGAACUGCGCUGUGGGGAGCCUGUAAAUGUUCGGUAUGAAGCUCACUUUGGGCGAGGAUCCGGACCAAUCUGGAUGGUUGAUGUGAACUGCAGAGGAUCAGAGUCGACACUGAAGAACUGUACAUCAGCAGAGUUGGGGGAACGUUACUGUGAUCAUGGUGAAGAUGCUGGAGUCACCUGCUCAGGAAAUGAUCCUGAGAACGAUAAUGACGCUGUUCCAGCUGAUCAGAGGACAGUUAUAGUGGCAGACGGUGUGAGGUUGGUGAAUGGUGAAAGUCGCUGUGCUGGGAGAGUGGAGGUUCUUCAGGAUGGUCAGUGGGGAACAGUGUGUGGUUCUGCUUGGGAUGUGAAAGAUGCUGCAGUGGUGUGUAGAGAGCUGCGCUGUGGGGAGCCUGUAGACCUGCGGUAUUGGGCUGAGUUUGGACGAGGAUCAGGACCAAUCUGGAUACACGAUUUGUACUGCAGAGGGUCAGAGUCAACACUGAACAACUGUAGCUCACAAGGGGGACAUGCCUGUGAUCAUGGUUAUGAUGCUGGAGUCGUCUGUUCAGGCAGUGUGAGGUUGGUGAAUGGUGGAAGUCGCUGUGCUGGAAGAGUGGAGGUUCUUCAGGAUGGUCAGUGGGGAACAGUGUGUGGUGAUGACUGGGAUCUGGACGAUGCUGCAGUGGUGUGUGGAGAGCUGGGCUGUGGGGAGCCUGUAAAUGCAACACAAAACAGUGACUUUGGAGCGGGAUCAGGACCAAUCUGGCUGGUUGGUGUGCAGUGUAGAGGAUCAGAGUCGACACUGAAGAACUGUCGAUCAGAUGGGAGGGGGGAUUACUGUGGUCACGGUCGGGAUGCUGGAGUCACCUGUUCAGAUGGUGUGAGGUUGGUGAAUGGUGGAAGUCGCUGUGCUGGGAGAGUGGAGGUUCUUCAGGAUGGCCAGUGGGGAACAGUGUGUGGUGAUGACUGGGAUCUGGACGAUGCUGCAGUGGUGUGUGGAGAGCUGGGCUGUGGGGGGCCUGGAGAUGCACCACAAAACAGUGACUUUGGAGCGGGAUCAGGACCAAUCUGGCUGGUUGGUGUGCAGUGUAGCGGAUCAGAGUUGACACUGAAGAACUGUAGAUCAGAUGGUAGGGGGGAUGACUGUGGUCACGGUCGUGACGCUGGAGUCACCUGUUCAGGCAGUGUGAGGUUGCUGAAUGGUGGAAGUCGCUGUGCUGGGAGAGUGGAGGUUCUUCAUGAUGGUCAGUGGGGAACAGUGUGUCAUAAUAGCUGGGAUAUGAGAGAAGCUGCAGUGGUGUGUAGAGAGCUGCGCUGUGGGGAGCCUGUAAAUGUUCGGUAUGAGGCUCACUUUGGACGAGGAUCCGGACCAAUCUGGAUGAAUUUUGUGACCUGUAGAGGAUCAGAGUCGACACUGAAGAACUGUACAUCAGCAGAGUUGGGGAAAAAUAACUGUCAUCAUGGUCAAGAUGCUGGAGUCACCUGCUCAGGAAAUGAUCCUGAGAACGAUGAUGACGCUGUUCCAGCUGAUCAGAGGACAGUUAUAGUGACAGACGGUGUGAGGUUGGUGAAUGGUGAAAGUCGCUGUGCUGGGAGAGUGGAGGUUCUUCAGGAUGGUCAGUGGGGAACAGUGUGUAGUACUGCGUGGGAUGUGAAAGAUGCUGCAGUGGUGUGUAGAGAGCUGAGCUGUGGGGAGCCUGAAGCUCUGGGGUUUUGGGCUGAUUUUGGAGAAGGAUCAGGAGCAAUCUGGAAACAGGAUUUGUACUGCAGAGGAUCAGAGUCAACACUGAACAACUGUAGCUCACAAGGGGGACAUGUCUGUUAUACUAAUACUAAUGCUGGAGUGAUCUGUUCAGGUCACAGAAGACCGAGACUCUCUGCUGGUCCUCACCGGUGCUCUGGGAGAGUGGAGGUGUUCCAUGGACGUUCCUGGUCCACAGUGUGUGAUGCUGACUUUGACCAGCAGGAUGCAGAGGUUGUGUGCAGAGAGCUGGGCUGUGGGAUUCCUGUGGAGGUGCUGGGAUCAGCUGCUUUUGGCCGAGGGGAGGGUCAGGUGUGGACAGAGGAGCUUCAGUGUAGAGGAAACGAAUCUGAAAUUUACUUCUGUCCAACAUCAUCUUCACUCAAACACUCAACCUGCUCCCAUGACAACGAUGUGGGAUUAAUAUGUUCUGCUCACACAGGGGCGCGGCUGGUGAACGGACCGGACUCCUGUUCCGGUCGAGUGGAGCUCCAGUACCUCAGUGAGUGGGGCACAGUUUGUGCUGUAAGCUGGGAUACGAGAGCUGCAGAUGUUCUCUGUGCACAGCUGGAUUGUGGUACUGCUGUGGCUAUGGUGGAGGUCGACUGGUUUGGGGAGGGGCGUGACCCCAUCUGGGCUGAUGUGUUUGAUUGUCAGGGGAAUGAGACACACCUCUCACAAUGUGAUGUCUCAUCAUGGAGUCGAGCUGCAUGCUCUCAUCAAAACGAUGCUGGAGUCAUCUGUAAUGGAUCAUCCAUGGCACUUCAUGAGGGGCGAGUGCGGUUGUCUGGAGGGAGCGAGUGUCAGGGGGAGGUGGAGAUUUAUUUCAGGCAGGACUGGAGGAGAGUUCUCCUGGACUCGUGGAGUCUGUCUGAGGCGUCUGUGCUCUGCAGACAGCUGGGCUGUGGCUCCGUGCUGAACUACCGCUCCUCUCCAUCCACCACUGAACACAAACACAUGUGUGUAGCGGGUUUCAGCUGCUCUGGGACUGAAGCUCAUCUGGGGAACUGCAGCAGAGCACAAAAUGUCAGCUGCAGCUCCGGGGAACAGCUGUACAUCACCUGCUCAGGUAAGUUUAACUCAGACCCCAGGUCCAUCAGGCUGGUUGGUUCUGGUGGAGACUGUGCAGGAAGGCUGGAGGUUUUCCACAGCGGCUCGUGGGGGACAGUGUGUGAUGACUCGUGGGAUAUUGAGGAUGCGCAGGUGGUGUGCAGACAGCUGCAGUGUGGAGAGGCCCUCAGUACCCACAUACCAGCCUGGUUUGGUCCUGGAACUGGGUCCAUAUGGCUGAAUGAGGUGGAGUGUGAGGGGAACGAGACGUCCCUGUGGAACUGCAGAUUUCAGCGGUGUGAAGAGGGUGAAUGUGGACACCAGGAGGACGUAGGAGUCGUGUGCUCAGAGAUUAAAGAGAUCCGACUCACGGAGGGCUGUGAGGGGAAUCUGGAAGUGUUCUACAAUGGAACCUGGGGUAAUGUGUGUCACAAUCAGAUGGAGCAGGAGGUAGAAACAGCAGGCAUGGUGUGUCAAGAGCUGAACUGUGGAAGACGUGGCAGUCCGUCAAACACUGCAGCGAGAGUAAAAUCUGCUGCAAACUGGCUGGAUCAUCUGAAGUGUCGGAAACACGACUCUAAUCUGUGGCAGUGUCCAUCUUCACCCUGGGGACAGAACAGCUGUGAUAAUGGUGAUGAGGUGGUUCAUAUUACCUGUACAGAGCGCUGGUCUCUCAGGCUGAGGGGAGAUAACGGAAGCUGCUCUGGGAGGUUGGAGGUGUAUCAUAACGCUACGUGGGGCUCCGUUUGUGAUGAUCAGUGGAACAUCAGGAACGCUCAGGUGGUGUGCAGACAGCUGGGCUGUGGGUUGGCGCUGAGAGCUGAGAGGAAUGUUACUGGUUCUGGUGAAGGGACGAUCUGGCUGAACAGAGUGAAGUGUCGAGGGGAUGAGAUUCACCUGUGGGACUGUCAUCAUUCCCUGAAGAACCACACUGACUGCUCUCAUGCUGGAGUCACCUGUGCAGACAUAUCCACUGUGUCCACGAGGAUACCCACCACCUCCACCACCACCACCACCACAUCAGUAAGAGCCACUCAAACUCCUCCAUCAGCUGGAGCUCCAUCCAGCCCUCCACUGGUUCUCUUUGUGUUGGGAACGCUGCUCUUCCUGGCCUUAGUGCUUCUGCUGCUCCUGUUUUACCAGAACAGAGCGCUCAGGAGAGAUGUCUCUACGACGAGGCGUAAGAGUCAGCCUGAGGCAGUCUAUGAGGAGAUCAACCACAGAUCCAUCACUAGAAGAAGCAGGAACUCCACUCAAAGCGGAAGUCUCCUCUCUGAAGAACAGCAUUCUGGGUAUGAGCAUGUGGAUGAUGAGCUUCUCUCAGAGGAUGAAGCGGAGAAUUAUGAUGACGCCAUUCCAGCUGAUCAGAAGUCAGUUAUACUGACAGAGGAUGUGUCCGAGAACUACGAUGAUGCGGUUACCAUGGAAACAUACCCAAACGUCAUCACAGUGAAAAACUGCAAUUAUUGGCAAAUUCCCAUGGUCUAAGAGGAAUAAACCACUUGGGGACAUGCUGUUGCAGGUAAAUGAUCAACGUGAGGGUGGUAGCAGUAACUCAGCUUCAUCACACCACCCUGUAACUCAGUAUUUUACUAGAACAGCAACACACACAGUGGUUUAUUACUGAUUCAUUGAUUUCUUCAGGAGACGGUCCAGAAGAUUAUGAUGAUGUCAUCACUGAGGAACAGCAUGGAGGAGAG